UCGUUAUCCACUUUUAGACGGGCCUUACAUCCGCAAAAUCCGUUGUCGGUUUACAAAACCCUAAUGCCGCGAACGCACUUAAAGAAGAAAGAAAGCAAGCCCAGCAAAAACCCUAACGAAGCAAGUUGGAGGGAGAGAGAUGACGCAGAAGGGAAAUCUGUUCAAAGGGCAUAAGAAACAGAAAACAAUCCCUCCCAAUCGCCACGGGAAACUUCCUCACAUUCGCAAAGGUAAGAGAGUAGUCAAGCCGUCGAAGUUGACAAAAGAGAUGGACGCUGAUCGAUUCAAAACCAUGAAAUACUUAGUAUUUUUGGGUAAAUCACUGAUCCAAUGGCACUCUGAAACAAUUCGCGAAGCUGUGCUUAAAGAUUUCCCUGACUGCUGUAUUAUUAUGCAUUGGGUAAAAAUGGAGUGGAAGAUAUCUAUUUUUAAUAUGGGCAUUUGCAUGAUAACGAUUGCUCCACGAAACUACAAGCGAAAAUAUGGAGCUGACCAAGUUCAUAAACCAUUGCAAUGUGAUAAAAGCAGCCACUGUUGCUAACAAAAAUGGAGGCCAACUAAGUAUUGUCAAGCUACCCCCAGAAUCUUCUGGUGAUGUGAAGUAGUAAUGAUGUUUCGUCAAGAACAUUAUAACCCCAACCCUCGGAACCUUCUGCAUGGAUAGGGCGAGAUGCUUUUCGAGAAAUACAAC